AUGAGUGGCUUCCUUGCCUCCCUGGACCCCCGGCGGGUUCAGUGGGGGGCCGCCUGGUAUGCCAUGCACUCCAGGAUCCUGCGCACCAAACCAGUGGAGUCUAUGCUUGAGGGAACUGGGGCUACCACAGCCCAUGGCACCAAACUAGCCCAGGUGCUCACCACCAUGGACCUCAUCUCACUUGGCGUUGGCAGCUGUGUGGGCACUGGGAUGUACGUGGUGUCUGGUCUGGUAGCCAAGGAAAUGGCAGGACCUGGUGUCAUUGUGUCCUUCAUCAUUGCAGCCGUGGCAUCCAUAUUAUCAGGUGUCUGCUACGCAGAGUUUGGAGUCCGAGUCCCCAAGACCACAGGAUCAGCCUACACCUACAGCUACGUCACUGUCGGGGAAUUUGUGGCAUUUUUCAUUGGCUGGAACCUGAUCCUGGAGUACCUGAUUGGCACUGCAGCUGGUGCCAGUGCUCUGAGUAGCAUGUUUGACUCCUUAGCAAACCACACCAUUAGCCGCUGGAUGGUGGACAGCGUGGGAACUCUCAACGGCCUGGGGAAAGGUGAAGAAUCAUACCCUGACCUUCUGGCUCUAGUGAUUGCAGUCAUCGUCACCAUUAUUGUUGCGCUGGGGGUGAAGAAUUCUGUGGGCUUCAACAACGUCCUCAACGUGCUGAACCUGGCAGUGUGGGUGUUCAUCAUGAUUACAGGCCUCUUCUUCAUCAAUGGGAAAUACUGGGCUGAGGGCCAGUUCUUGCCCCAUGGCUGGUCAGGGGUGCUGCAAGGAGCAGCCACGUGUUUCUAUGCUUUCAUUGGCUUUGACAUCAUCGCCACCACCGGAGAGGAAGCCAAGAAUCCAAACACGUCCAUCCCAUAUGCCAUCACCGCCUCCCUGGUCAUCUGCCUGACAGCAUAUGUAUCUGUGAGCAUGAUCUUAACCUUGAUGGUGCCAUACAAUGCCAUCGACACGGAAUCUCCCCUCAUGGAGAUGUUUGUGGCUCAUGGGUUCUAUGCUGCAAAAUUUGUAGUGGCCAUUGGGUCAGUUGCAGGACUGACGGUCAGCUUGCUGGGCUCCCUCUUCCCAAUGCCAAGGGUCAUUUAUGCCAUGGCUGGUGAUGGGCUCCUCUUCAGGUUCCUGGCCCACGUGAGCUCCUACACGGAGACGCCGGUGGUGGCCUGCAUUGUGUCAGGGUUCCUGGCAGCUCUGCUCUCUCUACUAGUCAGCCUGAGAGACCUGAUAGAGAUGAUGUCCAUCGGCACACUUCUUGCCUACACCUUGGUUUCUGUCUGUGUCUUGCUCCUUCGAUACCAACCGGAGAGUGACAUUGAUGGUUUUGUUAAGUUCUUGUCCCAGGAGCACACAAAGAAGAAGGAGGGCGUCCUGGCUGACUGUGAGAAGGAAGUUUGUUCUCCUGUGAGUGAAGGAGAAGAGUUUUCUGGCCCAGCCACCAACACAUGUGGAGCCAAAAACCUACCAUCUCUGGGAGACAACGAGAUGCUCAUAGGCAAAUCAGACAAGUCAACCUACAACGUGAACCAUCCCAACUACGGCACCGUGGACAUGACCACAGGCAUAGAAGCUGAUGAAUCUGAGAACAUUUAUCUCAUCAAGUUAAAGAAGCUGAUUGGGCCCCGUUACUAUACCAUGAGGAUCCGGCUGGGCCUUCCAGGCAAAAUGGACCGGCCCACGGCAGCUACGGGGCACACGGUGACCAUCUGCGUGCUCCUGCUCUUCAUCCUCAUGUUCAUCUUCUGCUCCUUCAUCAUCUUUGGUUCCGACUACAUCUCAGAGCAGAGCUGGUGGGCCAUCCUCCUGGUUGUUCUGAUGGUGCUGCUGAUCAGCGCCCUGGUGUUUGUGAUCCUGCAGCAGCCAGAGAACCCCAAAAAGCUGCCCUAUAUGGCCCCCUGCCUCCCCUUCGUGCCUGCCUUUGCCAUGCUGGUGAACAUCUAUCUCAUGCUAAAGCUCUCCACCAUCACAUGGAUCCGGUUUGCAGUCUGGUGCUUUGUGGGUAUGCUCAUUUAUUUUGGGUAUGGCAUCUGGAACAGCACCCUGGAAAUCAGCGCCCGCGAAGAGGCCCUGCACCAGAGCACGUACCAGCGCUACGACGUGGAUGACCCCUUCUCGGUGGAGGAGGGUUUCUCCUACGCCACCGAAGGCGAGAGCCAGGAGAACUGGGGCGGGCCGGCCGAAGACAAAGGCUUCUAUUACCAACAGAUGUCAGAUGCUAAGGCAAACACCCGGACGAGUAGCAAAGCGAAGAGCAAAAGCAAACACAAACAGAACUCGGAGGCCCUGAUUGCAAAUGAUGAGUUAGAUUACUCUCCAGAGUAG